CUCUUCCUCUCUCUGACAUCCCCUCUACUCCACAGUGUUAUCAACACAAUGCUGGUGACAUGUGCUGUUUGCUGCUACCUGUUUUGGCUGAUUGCGAUUCUGGCUCAACUCAACCCUCUCUUUGGGCCACAGUUAAGCAAUGAAACAAUCUGGUAUCUUAAAUCUCACUGGCCUUAAGGAUGUCUGUCCUCUGCUGCAAUUUAUUGACUAGGUAAAGAAGAGAUUUCCUCCAGAUGAAAAACUCCACUGACCCAAAGAUGCCCUUAACAUAGUUGGUUGGAUACCAAGCCUGCGUUAAUGCCUUAACCUUUCUAUUGUGCUUCAAAUGGCUUGUUCAAAGCCCUAUAUUUUUUUCCUACUAUACUGUUUAGCAGUGUGCCUAAUGCAAUUUAUACUUCUCUUCGGUACUGUAAAUUUUUGCCUGUUAACUUCAGAGGUGGUGAAAUUUUCUAAAGUUUUUACGGGUCAUAGAGUCAGCUUUCCUGUUCAUUUUACUUGCUCUGUAGGAACACUAUAUAUCUUACAGGUCUUAGGUUGUUGCUGUGCUGUUCGCUCCUGUUCUGUUUGACUGCACUUGAAAAAAAUGUGUGCAAUGAAACUGUACGAGGAGAGGAGAAACAGUGGCGCCACAUGUUGAUGGCAUUUAUUUUUUAAAAUGAGUUGUAUUCUUGGGAAAUUUGGUCUUAAAUUUCUCAUGCCUGGAAAUAAAACUAAUCCUCUGCUUUAUGCGAAAUGUCCUUGUGCCAUGUUUAACUGUUACGAUGUGCUUUUUUGUGGUUUUAAUCAGACAAUAGUUAGCCAGAGCUGAGCUGAGGAAACUUAGAUGAUGUGGGUAAACUGUAAUAAAGUCAUACAGGGUGAUGCGAUGAGCACGCUUGCUGCCUGUAUCAAGACCUCUUGGGCAGUUCUAAAGUAGGACUAAGUUUAGAAUCUAAAAUUGCUGAAAGGUCUGCAGGAAGAAGUGAAUGCUUAGCUCGAGAGCCUCUUCUCCCUGAACUUCCCAUUGCCUGAUACUAGGGGGACUCAGUAGCAGAGGUAACCUGACUCAUUUGAAUGAAGCGUGAAUAGUAAUUUUGAUAGGAGAUUGAUCUACUCCCUGGCCUUUUGGAGGAUACAUAUAGCAACAAGCAAUUUGAAUUGAACAGAAAACAUAGCAGUUGUUUUAUACUGACUUGACACUUGCAUGUGAAAUUGCAGACCUGAUGAAGCACACGACAGUGUGGGCCAGAGAUGAAAGAUUGCUGAGGCUCCUCAAUGUCAGCCGAGUCCGUGGGGUUGGGAAUGAAUCUAGUAAGUCACUUGCUAAGGAAUAGCUUCAAAGGCUAUAAAUACUGCUGUGUGCACAGGAGUCUUCAUGUAUGCUUUCUUACCUCCUUACAUCAUGUCCAGAUAAAUUGCAAUUAUUCCUUACUGUGUUUUAUUGUUACGCACAAGGAUGUAACGGAGCGGUUCAUUUUUUUUUUCUUUUUCCUUUUGGAUAGCACUGUUAACUUGUUCGAUGGGAUAGUACUCAUUACUAUACAGGAAAUUCCGAGAUUCUGACAAAAUGCUGUAACUUGCGGUGAUGGAAAACUGGACAGCGUGAAUUGCAAAAGAAAUAAGAAUGUGUCCAUUAUUACAGAUAAGCAUAGCGACUGUUGGGACUGGAAUAGUGGAUUUUUUUCCAAGUUACUACUGAGAGCUGUAUUUUAACAUGCGAGAAGUUGUACACCGUAAUGCUAUAUAGUCUGUGGCAAAUAAUUCCUAAGAAAAUUGGAAACCAAAUGAUCUUAUAAAAGCUGAGGUUGUUGUC